UGACAAAUGCAUUGAUUGUUCUCCUCUCUCGCAUUUUAUUAUUUCAAUUUUCUAUUAUUUAGACCAAUCGUAUUAUGUGUGUGUUUAUUAAACUAUCACUUGAUUGAAUAAUAAAUCUAAAAUUUCCGCUACGUUUAUGAAAUCUUCCACUUUUUCUUAUUAAUCAUGGACGGCUCUUCAGCAAAGAAAUCUACCUCGCUUGAGACUCUUGUCAUCCAAAACAUUACGAAUUUGAACGAUUUGAAAACGAAACUCGGUGAUAUCAUACAAGCAAGUAAAGAUUACGAAUACGAUGUUUCCUCAUGUCUGAAAACUCUUCUGAGCAGUUCUGAUCAAGAAAUAGUAGUGCUAACGGUGCAAGCGAUCUCGGAGCUCGCAAAAUGUGAAAAUAAAAGAGAAACUUACGCUCAGAAGGAUGUGAUACAGCCAAUAAUAAGUAUAUUGGACAAAGAGAUAAAUUACUUAAAUUUAGAGCUUGUGAAGCAAUGCUGCAGGGCUUUGGGUAAUUUAUGCUGUGACUGCGAUGCUUCACGGACUGUUAUACUGGAGAUUAAUGGUGUUCCUGUGCUAAUUAGAUUGCUAGAGCAAACACUGGCCCAGUCUAAUCCUGUGUACGAUGAAAUAAAGCUUCUUGUGAGUAAAACCUUGUUAAAUUUCGCCAUUGGCGGUUCAGAGUUCUCCGAUGCUAUUAUUCAAGCUGGCAUAUUAGAUAUUUUACACAAAAUUUUGUCACUGGAGCUGGACAAAGAAGACAUGAAUGACGAUGUAGUAUCCACAUGUUUGUUGAUACUGAGUGUGAUAAAUGAUAAUACUCCAGAGUACCUGUUCGAGGAAAAAGUCAAUAAGGACGUUCUCAAUGUACUCCGGGAGACCACUAAUGUGGAGAUAUCUGAACUUUGCUUGGAUCAUCUACAUGCCCAGGCAGAACAUGACUCGGUAAAGAACAUGGUAGCAAGUGAGGGCGGGGUGCAACUAGUCUGUACACGCCUUGAGCAGCUGAUGGCGCGCCGAGAGGCGGGUGACGUCAGCGCUGAAGAUUCAGAAAUCGAUGCCAUCAUCAAACAGGCCUGCGAUCUCAUCAUCAUAAUUUUGACUGGAGACGACGCAAUGAACAUGCUAUACAACAACGGCGUAGGCGAGGUGUAUCUAAGCAUGGUAAGGUGGCUGGACUCGCGCGACUGGCAGUUAUUGACCACUGGGGUAUUGGCUGUUGGCAACUUCGCGCGCCGAGACGACUACUGUGCGCAAAUGAUGCAGGACCGCAUCUUUGAUAAGUUGCUCGACAUCUUCGAAGUGUACCACGGGUUCGGGGUGCGCAUGCAGAAGGAUCCGGACGCGGUGCGGCCCGUAGACCCCGCCACCGUCACCAAGGUGCAGCACGCGGUGCUUUCGGCGCUGAGGAAUCUUAUCGUGCCGGUUGCUAACAAGCGGGUGGCGGCGGCGCAAGGCCGCGCGGCGCCUCUGCUACUAAGCGCUUUGCCGCUGGUGGAGGAGCACCACGUGGCCUACAAGCUGCUGGCCNUAUUGGCUGCUAUACGCAUGCUCGUCGACGGGCAAGAGAGCGUAGCCCGCCAGCUAGCGACCCACUCGGAAGCUUUAGCCAGCGUGGCUCGCUGGGGACACGCGGGGCAGUGCGCGGGCGCGGCGGGCGAGGCGCCGCGCCUGCUGGCCUGGGCCGCCAGGCAGCUGCGGCACUCCAGCCACUGGCGGCAGCUUGUGCAGGUUGAAGGAUGUGUAUCCAGUUUGGUGAACAUGCUAGUUGUAUGUCACUCGGUAAUGCAGAACGAAGCUAUUCUCGCUCUUACGCUGCUCGCAAUAGAGUCGCUAAACAACAAAACUCCCACGAGCGAGGCCCCAUCCGACUUCGAUUACGAAAAGAGUUUUACCUCUCAGUUAAUAAAGUCGGAAAUCGGGAAGCACGUCGCGGUACUCAUUGAGACUAACUGUGCGAAAAUGCCAAUGGAAGUGGCAGAGAAUUUGCUCGCGUUUCUCGAUAUAACUUCGAAGAAGAAUGAUUUGGCUUCAGAUUACAAAGAAACGAAGGUUCACGAGUCUCUAAAGAAGUUUUGCGACUCACGAAACGAUUUCAGCGAUGACUUGAAGGCAUGCAUAAAUGGAGUAGUCACGUCUAUUUUAAAUAAUGCCAAAGCGGAGUAAACCUCGAAGUGUCGGUUUUUGAAACCAAUCGACUUAUUGUUUGAAUUUAUUUCAGAGUCUACCAAGUUGUUGUUCAUUGCCACCGUCAGUUAUGUCAUUUGACAUGUACUGAAUUAACCAAAUAGAACCUUAUGACUGACAAAAUAAGACCAAUUAUCUGUGUCAAAGAAUAGAUAGGUAACCGAUAGGCUACGAUUACCGUCUGAUAUAUCCGCAACCGAUUUUUGCUAUAUAAAUCGACAUGAAGGUGGCUUGUUCUAGCCUGUUCUAUAAUAAUGGGACAGUUAUACGGUGUAUUGCCGAGGAGGAUUAGUUCAAUAUGAAUGUAUUUAAUGUUAUUUAUAAAUGAUUUGGUUUUAUCAAACAUUAAGCUGAUAUCUGAUUUGUAUAUUUUAAAGUGAUGUGUCGUGUUUUUGUGACAAAUCAGCGCAAAAACGCGACUUUAUUACAUUCUAAACGUAAUUCAGUGGCAAGCUUUUUAUGUUUGCCAUAAAUGAGCGGUUUCUCCUCAUGCUUGUCACAAUGACAUCUGUCAAAUAUCAGCCAAAGAUGAAAUAUGUAGCGUUUUCAAGGAUGUUUGUAUUAUUUGGAUUGUAUUUUAAAUGUCACUAGAACAAUUUUUGCAUACGAAUGCGCAAAUGAAGAAUACUGUGAAUCAAUUGUUGAAAUAAACUCGCGUUUAUUCGUAAACUAUACAUAUUGGAAUCGAGGUUGUAUGGGAGUGCUUGAAUUUCUCGCUUCCUAUCUAGUCAUAGUCUAAUUAAGCUACUCGUUAGUCAUUUUGCUAGAUUUCCUUAAAUAUUUAACAUAGUUUAGCGAAAGAAUAAUAUUUAAUGAAAGUAAUAUGUUAUUUUUGAGAUUCCCUUUCGUAUUUUACAUUCCACUUAAGUUUGAUCACGUUGUAAUAUUAUAUUAUGAAACGAAUUGUUUGACCAUAAUUGUUAUAGUUAUUAUUGCAAUGGCGCGUGUAUUAUUCCCGUCUCGUUCGCCCGUGAUGUGUGAGCGGAGAAGUUUCUUAUACAAUAGACAUAAUAUUUUCUUUUAUGUGGUUAUUGGAAUUAAGUUACAAUGAGAGAACUGCAUCAAAAUAUUAUUGAUUAAUCUUGUUAUGAUACAUUUACCAAUUUAUGGUCAACAAUCGUUUAUUCUGAUUUAGAUAAUAAUAAACAAGAAUACAAAAUACACAGCAAUACGAACGAAAUACUCAAAAGUACAAUACUGUAGACACGGUUAUAUUAUUGAUAAUGGUCUAGCUUCAUUGUAUUAUAAUUAACUUCUAUUUAAGAUUGUAAUUAGUGAUUACUAGCUUGAAUACGGGCCCUCAACAUGCUCUAUGGCUGAUUUAUAAAGAUAUCCUAAACUUAAAUCUAAAUACGGGGUGUGUAUAGUGUAUAGAUUUAUAAUAAACCUUAUGUGAAAUGAGAUCUUCACAUCCCAAGUUAAUAUAAAAUACUUAUUUGACUUGUUAGAGCAUUCAACCAGAUAAAAAAUCAAUCACGCACUCCACGUGAUUAAAACAUGCACCAACAACAGAGGUGAGGUAGGUAAUAUUGCAUUCUAAUGGAUUAGAGCAUCCCAAAUAUUUUUAGAUUUAAGAUUAUGAAUCUUUUCUAUCGCUACAUUCAAAGUUGAAUGUCUGUCUGUAACUGAAGCACGAAUAGUUUGGAAAUACAACUUAACUACUGUUAGCAAAAUAAUACAGCUGAAAAUAUUUUCACAUGAUGUCGAUAAUCCCUAAAAGUGAUGUCUGCCCUUUAUCGCAAUCAUGCUUGUCGAUGUCUCUUAACAGUAAACAAGUUAUUCGUGCUUUGGCUCUCGCGAUAGUAAAUCAGAAACUAUGUCUAACUUCACGCAUUUCCUAUACUAUUGUAGAUAUAAGUUUUUAACUUCUACUUACCUCGCUUCAGUCUAUUACUGAAUAAAAGUGUAAUACUGAGUAGUUCUCCAAUCUACGCAAUAAAAUGCUACUACUUUUACUACGGGAGUAAAACCAGUUCACAUAAGAAACCCAGACUGGCAUUGACGCCACGUCAUUUCUAUUUCAUCUGACCAUCAAGUCAUGCGGUUUAAACAUCGGGAUCCCCAGUAGUAAAAGUGGCUGCGUGUACGCAGUUUUAAAGACUGCUCCGUUUGCACACCCUGUAUAAUUCGCGAGUCUUGGGAACAACGAAAUGCACUUAUAUCAAUUGGUUUGUCUUUUAAACACAAUCUCAACCGAAGAGUGCUUAUUCACUCGUGACUUGAAGGGCUUUUAUUGUCAAAUGCCUUUUCUUUUGCUUGUUUCGUAUUUCAUUUGAUUUCGUUACGGUAUUUUACCUUACUAUUUAAGUCGCUAAGCGGUAGAUAAGAGUAGCGGUCCUUCCUUACCCCACUGGAGUUGCAGUGAUGGCGUAGUCAUAGUAAUAUACUUACUAUACAUAGUUGUUUACAAGAUUCGCGAAUGUGUGCAGCAGACUAACAUUUACCACCUUACUUAAAUCCAAUCAAUUCUUUUCUCUUAACAUUAAAUUUUAAGAUCCGAUAGUGCACUUAUAAAUAUAGUUCAAAUGCUUCUAUAAUAAUUGUAGUUAUAAGACGAACCUUUCAAGUUAAAAAUGACAGUUGCUCUUAACUCAAUUUUUAACUAAUUUUACUUUCACUUAACACUAUUGUAUUAAUGUGAAUAUUUCCUAUUGUUAUUAAAUUUAAUAUUACAUAUUUAUAUUAUCUAAUCAGUGUCAUUUAUUAUAAGUAGGUUAUAACUUCAUUCCGGAUUAUUUUUCGACGCUCUUAUUUUUUACUGUAUUUUGAGUUACAAUAACAGGAUGUUAGGCUUCAGGCUGUGAAAAUAAUCAAAUAAGUGAUACAAAGAAACUUCGAUAAAUUAUUACUAAUGCCUCAAAAUAAAUCUAAGUAUAAAUGAAAAUAGUUAAACGUUGUUGGAUGGAUAGUUCCUCUAAACUAUCUUAAUUUAUUCGUCAAUCUUAUGCCUUGUCACAA